AUGAGCAGAAGUAAGCGUGACAGCAAUUUUUAUAGUGUAGAGAUUGGAGAUUCUACAUUCACAGUCCUGAAACGAUAUCAGAAUUUAAAACCUAUAGGCUCAGGAGCUCAAGGAAUAGUAUGCGCAGCUUACGAUGCCAUUCUUGAAAGAAACGUUGCAAUCAAGAAGCUAAGCCGGCCUUUUCAGAAUCAAACGCAUGCUAAGCGGGCUUACAGAGAACUGGUUCUUAUGAAAUGUGUUAAUCAUAAAAAUAUAAUUGGCCUUUUGAAUGUUUUCACACCACAGAAAUCCCUAGAAGAAUUUCAAGAUGUUUAUAUAGUCAUGGAGCUCAUGGAUGCAAAUCUUUGCCAAGUGAUUCAGAUGGAACUAGAUCAUGAAAGAAUGUCCUACCUUCUCUAUCAGAUGCUGUGUGGAAUCAAGCACCUUCACUCUGCUGGAAUUAUUCAUCGGGACUUGAAGCCCAGUAAUAUCGUAGUAAAAUCAGACUGCACUUUGAAGAUUCUUGACUUUGGAUUGGCCAGGACUGCAGGAACGAGUUUCAUGAUGACUCCUUACGUAGUGACUCGCUACUACCGAGCACCUGAAGUCAUCCUAGGGAUGGGCUACAAAGAAAACGUUGACAUUUGGUCAGUUGGGUGCAUCAUGGGAGAAAUGAUCAAAGGUGGUGUUUUGUUCCCAGGUACAGAUCAUAUUGAUCAGUGGAAUAAAGUUAUUGAACAGCUUGGAACACCAUGUCCUGAAUUCAUGAAGAAACUACAACCAACAGUAAGGACUUACGUUGAAAACAGACCUAAAUAUGCUGGAUACAGCUUUGAGAAACUCUUCCCUGAUGUGCUCUUUCCUGCUGACUCAGAACACAACAAACUUAAAGCCAGUCAGGCGAGGGAUUUGUUAUCCAAAAUGCUGGUGAUUGAUGCAUCCAAAAGAAUCUCUGUGGAUGAAGCUCUUCAGCACCCAUACAUCAACGUCUGGUAUGACCCUUCGGAGGCGGAGGCUCCACCACCAAAAAUACCUGACAAGCAAUUAGAUGAACGGGAACACACAAUAGAAGAGUGGAAAGAAUUGAUAUACAAGGAAGUUAUGGACUUGGAAGAGAGAACCAAGAAUGGAGUUAUACGGGGGCAGCCCUCUCCUUUAGCACAGGUGCAGCAGUGA